AUGGCUACAGGUGAAGCCAAUACAACAAAGUCCCGACAAGAAAAACAGUACGAUUACCUUUUAAAAUUUUUACUAGUGGGUGAUAGUGACGUUGGAAAACAAGAAAUCUUGAGUGGACUCGAAGAUGGUGCUGCUGAAUCUCCGUUUUGUAGCGGCAGUGCAUACAAAACUACUACUAUCUUAUUGGAUGGCAAAAGAGUAAAAUUACAAUUAUGGGACACAUCGGGUCAAGGUAGAUUUUGUACAAUAAUUAGAUCCUAUUCUCGUGGAGCUCAAGGUAUAUUUUUAGUGUACGAUAUUACCAAUAAAUGGUCCUUUGAUGGCAUUGACAGAUGGUUAAAAGAAGUCGAAGAGCAUGCUCCUGGAGUGCCAAAAGUACUUGUUGGCAAUCGCCUUCAUUUGGCUUUUAAGAGACAAGUAGGAGAACGUGAUGCUGAAUCAUAUGCAGCUAAAAAUCAUAUGGCUUUUUUUGAAGUUUCGCCUCUUUGUGAUUUUAAUAUUCGUGAAAGUUUUUCUGAACUUUCUCGAAUGGCUCUACAUCGUAAUGGCAUGGAAAGAUUGUGGAGAUCUAAUAAAGUUCUUAGUCUUCAGGAACUUGCUUGCCGUGCAAUAGUAGCAAGAACAACAGUUUAUGGUAUUGAUCAACUUCCAUUACCCAAAUCCAUUAAAUCUCACUUAAAAUCGUAUGCGAUGACAACUACAUCUCAGUUACGUUAUAAUGGAAAUAGAUCAUUAAACCCUAGUAAAAGUCUAGGCUCUUAUCAUCGAAAAUUACGUUUCGUUGGUGUAGGUCACAAUGGACUAUCAACGCCAGGUAGUUUGCCUGGUAGUAUAACAGAUUCACGUACCAGUUGCGUUGGUAGGAAUUCUUGCACAAUAUCUUGAGAAUAACUCUACGGUUAUAGUUAUAAAUAUACAACACAGUGUUAACAUUC